UUUGAUAAGCCAUUAAGAGGCGAUUAACGUUUACAGCUUUCGAUAAUACGGCAGACCAAGGUGCAGUUAUUUGCCACUUGUUCUCCGUGCGCGUUACACGACAUGGUCUAUCGCUCCGUUCUAGUACUUUUCCUGCUGUUCGGCGUCUUCUACUGCGGACUUUCGAAGCCAGCUAGUGAGGACCCGAACUUUGGCCGCAUUGUUGGCGGCAACAAUUUGACAAUACACAAUGCACCCUGGCAAGUAUCCAUCCAACUGAGCGCUCGCCAUGUUUGCGGCGGCGUCAUCUACAGCAAGGAUAUCAUCAUCACAGCGGCUCAUUGUGUGGAGCACAAGUCUGUAACUUUGUUACAGGUGCGCGUGGGCGCCAAUCAAUACCAUUCAGGUGGUACUCUUUACCCAAUCAGCAGCUAUAAAGUCCAUGAGUCAUACGACGAUCAACUGCUCCAUUACGACAUUGCGCUGCUGCGUGUGGCCACGCAGCUCAGCUACGGCUUGUCCGUCAAGGCGCUUGCACUGGCCAGCACGAGUCCCAAGGCUGGCAGCAGUGUCUCCGUCACUGGUUGGGGCUACACCGAACACAAUGGAUCCCUUACCUUUGCCAGCAACCUACAGAUGGUGCAGCUGAAAGUCGUUGCUCGAGACGAAUGCGCAUCAGCUAAAUACGGCUAUGGCUGGGAUUUUGUGGGCGUUGAAAUGAUUUGUGCAGUCGCUGCUGAUAAAGAUGCAUGCACUGGGGACUCAGGCGGUCCCAUGGUGGCCGAAGGAUUGCUGGCAGGCAUCGUGAGCUGGGGCUACGGUUGUGCGCUGCCGAAUUAUCCUGGCGUUUACGUUGAUGUGGCUGUCCUGAGGCAUUGGAUAGUUAAGACAGCAAAUACUAUGUGA